AUGACUCCAACGGCGGCGCUGUCAGCUCCGCAGCUGUUGAAAAGCCCGUUCAUCUCGUCGGCUGCAGCAGCUGCAGCGUUGCAGGCAGUGUGUCUAAGCGCGUCCGAAUCAUCAUGGAUUGCGCCCUCCUGGAUCGGUUCCAGCUUUCGCGCCGCGGCCAGGGACGCGAGCGCGUCUCCCGCGUCGGCCCCGGGCCUCUUCAAGGAUCCCAUCGAGACUCUGUUCCCCCAUGGGCUCUCGUUUGUGCACAACACCGUGACCGCGGUGCAGCUGGCGCAGCCUACGGUCGUUUUGCGGUACAAGGGGAGGCACAUCGCCUCGCCAACGGCCUGCAAGCGCGUCCUGAAGCCGUCCAAGCUGCUCAUCAGGGCGCUGAUGGCGCUGCUGAUGGCCACGCGGCCGACGUUCCAGCAGCUCCAGCAUGACCUGAAUGAGUACGAAGCCGGCGCAACGGACGAGGCCCCAGAUGCCGCCGAGGCGUUCGCACGGGACGCCUCGCACAUCCUCAGGACGCUAGUGGGCAAGAUGGUGUACCACACGUCGGGCGAGUUCGCGAUCGCACUCCUGGAGCAGUACGUCAUCGAGAACCUCCCCGCUCGCUGGGCAUGGAAGUUGACCAAAGAUGUCUCGGCGUCGCUGCUGCGCAAGCAGGCGCGGCUGGCCGCAGCGAGCAUGACGUUCUGGCAGAGGCGCUUCCAGCUCGCCAGCGCGAUGCUCAGCACGGGCGCGUACAACAACGUGAUUGCCGCCGUGGCCCUCGAGGGCUUUGGCGGCGCGUUCGACGUCGUGCACUGCCUGGCGUGGUACGCGGCUGGGAAGCCCGGGACGCGGGAGGGCGACUUGAUGGCGGACGGGACGCAGGGGGCGCGGCGGGACGUGCGGUGGUGCGCGGGGAGCCUUGCGCAGCGCAUGUGCUCCAUGGCUGGGCGCGUGGCGGGCGCGGGGCUCGUGUGCGCUGCGGGGGCGUUCAUCGUGAGCUCGCGCGCGGGGGUGUUCGUGGUCGCCGGGGACUUGCUCGGCGCGGCCGUCAUCGGCCCUGGCAUUGCGCGCGUGUGCUUGCCGGCCAUGUUGAGGUAG